AUGUCUGAGUUUGACGUUAUAGUGCUGGGCACGGGGCUCAAGGAAUGCAUCCUCUCCUGUUUACUGUCUAUAUGUGGGAAAAAAGUUCUUCACAUCGACCAAAAUCCUUAUUAUGGUGGAGAGAGCGCCUCCAUUUCACCUCUGGAAGAGCUCUAUAAAAGGUUCCAGGUUCCAGGACCUCCUAAAGGAAUGGGACGUGGCAAAGACUGGAACGUGGACCUCAUCCCCAAAUUUAUGCUUUCCAAUGGGCAGUUGGUGAAGAUGCUGCUGUUUACAGAGGUGACGCGGUACCUGGAUUUUAAGGUGGUGGAGGGGAGUUACGUUUACAAAGGUGGAAAAGUUUACAAAGUUCCUGUUACAGACACUGAGGCGCAGACAUCAGAUCUGAUGGGGAUGUUUGACAAGAGAAGGUUCCGGAAGCUGCUCCUCUUCGUUCUGAAUUUUGAGGAACAUGACCCGCGCACCUACCAGGACAUGGACCCCCACCGAACCACAGUGAGAGAUGUGUUCCGCCAUUUUGACCUUGGAGCAGACGUGGUGGAGUUCAUCGGGCACGCGCUGGCUCUGCACGGCACUGAUGAUUAUCUGGACCAGCCGUGCCUGCAGACCAUACAGAGGAUUAAACUGUACUCAGAGUCGGUGGCACGGUACGACCACAGUCCCUACCUGUACCCGCUGUACGGACUUGGGGAGCUACCGCAGGGAUUCGCCCGGCUGAGUGCCCAGCACGGCGGCACGUACAUGCUGAACCGCCACGUUGAUGACAUCAUCAUGGAGAAUGGCAAAGUGGCGGGGGUGAAAUCACAGGGGGAGCUGUUCCGCUGUAAGCAGCUCCUGUGCGACCCCGCCUACGCCCCCAACCGGGUGAAGAAGGUGGGCCGGGUCAUCCGGGUGGUAUGUCUGCUGAACCAUCCCAUCAAAAACACGCAGGACGCCAACUCCUGUCAGAUCAUCAUACCCAACACUCAGGUGCACAGGAAGUCAGAUAUCUACAUCUGCGUGGUCUCCUACGCUCACAACGUGGCUCCUGAGGGGAAGUACAUUGCCGUGGUGAGCACCGCCGUGGAGACCAGCAACCCCGAGAAAGAGGUGCAGCCGGGACUGGCGCUGCUCGAACCCAUCACAGAGAAAUUCGUCUCCAUUAGCAACCUGGUGGUUCCUACCGAUGAUGGAAAGCGUAGUCAGGUGUUUGUUUCUCGAUCGUACAACGCCACCUCUCACUUCGGAGCAGAGUGUGAGGACAUUAAGGAUCUGUUCUGCCGUAUGACCGGGUCAGAGUUCAGCUUUAAGGAUUUCCAGCGUAAGUUUGAGGUCAGCACGGAGGAUUAAAUCUUACUGCAAGUCUAAAUCCUGUAAUGAUGCUGUAAUAAACCUGUAAUAAACCCACCAGAACCUGAACACUGAGGGAUUCUUGUUCACCUCGUCCCUACAUGUAGUGCAGGAUGUUUUAUGUCCAUGUUAAACUGAGAGCAAUAAAAUCAAAUAAAAGUGUUA